AUGAUUCCUGAGGGUCUUGAUAAAAGGCCCUUCAAGGACAUCGUUGGUAUGAUUGUGGAGCACAAGUUCAACUAUGUGUGUCUUACCUAUGCAAUUUACAUGUGGACACGCUAUGUCCACGACAAUGUCAAUGUCACACUUACCUCUUUGGAUGUGCUAGGUGUGGUCCAAGGCAUUGCCAAGAGCAACCCUUCUGUGUUAUCCAUGACACAUGUUCAGGUCUUUGAUUCUGUUGUUCGUAAACUUGAGAUUUAG